UCCCUCUCCCUCCCCCUUCCCGCGAGCUGCCUCCGCCCUCCUUCCUCUGCCUCCACCCUCCACCCCCAUCCCCGGCUGUCGGGAGCUGGGCUCGGAGCUCUUAGUCUGCCCGAGCUCUGGAUGUGGGCGCCGGACAAGUCCGCGGCGCCUCCACCCAAGAUGGACAGCCGCUACACCAGCACUGCGGGCAUCGGGGACUUGAACCAGCUGAGCGCGGCCAUCCCGGCCACGCGGGUGGAGGUGUCCGUGUCCUGCAGAAAUCUUCUUGACAGAGAUACAUUCUCUAAAUCUGAUCCAAUUUGUGUCUUAUAUGUGCAAGGAGUUGGAAAUAAAGAAUGGAGAGAGUUUGGAAGGACUGAAGUGAUUGAUAAUACUUUAAAUCCUGAUUUUGUACGAAAAUUUAUCCUGGACUACUUUUUUGAAGAAAGAGAGAACCUUCGUUUUGACUUGUAUGAUGUUGAUUCCAAGAGCCCCAACCUGUCCAAACAUGACUUUCUGGGACAAGUGUUUUGUACAUUGGGGGAGAUUGUUGGUUCUCAGGGAAGUCGCCUGGAAAAGCCAAUAGUAGGAAUUCCAGGGAGGAAAUGUGGUACGAUCAUACUUACAGCAGAGGAAUUAAACUGUUGUAGGGAUGCUGUUCUGAUGCAAUUUUGUGCGAACAAAUUGGACAAGAAGGACUUUUUUGGAAAAUCAGAUCCUUUUCUUGUAUUUUAUCGAAGUAAUGAAGAUGGCAGUUUUACAAUUUGUCAUAAAACAGAAGUUGUCAAAAAUACUCUAAAUCCUGUAUGGCAAGCAUUCAAGAUCUCAGUCAGAGCAUUAUGUAAUGGUGAUUAUGACAGAACAAUCAAAGUAGAGGUGUAUGACUGGGAUCGAGAUGGGAGUCAUGAUUUCAUUGGAGAAUUUACCACAAGCUAUAGGGAACUUUCUAGAGGACAAUCGCAAUUCAAUGUCUAUGAGGUGGUGAAUCCCAAAAAGAAAGGAAAAAAGAAAAAAUAUACUAAUUCGGGAACAGUAACCUUACUCUCUUUUUUAGUAGAAACAGAAGUUUCAUUCCUUGAUUAUAUUAAAGGAGGAACGCAAAUCAAUUUCACAGUGGCUAUUGAUUUUACAGCAUCAAAUGGCAACCCUGCCCAGCCCACUUCUCUCCACUACAUGAAUCCUUACCAACUGAAUGCCUAUGGAAUGGCCCUGAAAGCAGUGGGAGAAAUCGUUCAAGAUUACGACAGUGAUAAAAUGUUCCCAGCUCUAGGCUUUGGUGCAAAACUGCCUCCAGAUGGAAGGAUAUCGCAUGAAUUUGCUUUGAAUGGGAACCCUCAAAACCCCUACUGUGAUGGCAUUGAGGGGGUCAUGGAGGCUUACUAUAGAAGUCUGAAAUCUGUGCAACUGUAUGGGCCAACCAAUUUUGCUCCUGUAAUUAAUCAUGUAGCAAGCUCCAAGAAAGUGAGGAAAAAGAUAACAGUGGAAAGAGUCUCCACUGAGCUAUCAUAAUACGUUGCUAAGAACUUUACAUCAAAGUCUCAAGUGAAGAAUAUAACACUGAGUUAUUAUCAGGACCUGUAUUUGUUCAACCAAGAAGUGUUUUAUUCUUUGAAAAGGCAGCCAUGAGAGCAAUAACAAGAUCAGUUAUGAUCUCAGCAGUGUAAAUCAUUCAAUCUAAUAUCACAUUCCAUAGUAACAUGAAAGUAAUAAGAGACCAUGAAGACAACUAAAACCUUUUAGUGAUAUAUAGGGCACAUUAUUUUAACCUCUUUGAAAUUAAUAUAAUAGCUAAUUUUAAAAAUUCCCAGAGCUCUACCUGUAUAUAGUACAUAGUAUUGAGAUCAGAAUAUAAUUGCUUAUGAUUCCAGUUACAUGUUCUGGAAAAAGGUUUUAAAUGUAAAAAUCUGUAUACAUUUGUUUAUCAUUUUUUUCAUCAGUGCAUAAAUAAAUAAAUUAGACACCAUUUUUAAAAUCCCUAAAAAGUUUGACCCAGUUGCAAAUCCUCUGAAACACUGCCUUAUUUUUAGAAAAUGAAAAAUGUAUAGCUUUUGUAUCCUUCCCAACAUGUAGUCAGAACUUGAAAAUACACUGCAUUUGGGUAAGUGGAUCAAUGCCCAAAAGGUGACAAGAAACCUCAGUUCUCUGUUUAAAGAUUCUGGUACUAUAUCAUCUCCAUAUUGGACAUCACAAGUGACUUAAAUGUGUUCUCCUUUCCAUUAUCUGGGACACAGACAAGAUACUAAAAUACCCUUGUACCCAGGGCUGACCCCAGCAGAACUCUCCCGUGGAAGUCCACCGAAGGUUGACAGUGAUACAUUGAUGACCAUUCUCUGAGUGUGACCCUAUGGCUCAGGUUUUUGAAAUAUUUUCAUCCACAAUCUGUUUUAAGUUAUGAAUUUCAUAUCUCAUCCCCGGACACACACACCUAAAAAAAAAAGGAUUAUUUAUGAAGUGGUACCAUCCUUAUCUUCUAUUUCCUCUUUAUUUCUAUGGUGUCCUGUUCUUUUCUGUUACUCUUUUUAUUUGUUUAAUACAGAUCUCGACCCACAAAAUUGAUUUCAAAAUCCACUAAUGGGUCAUUACCUGUCAUAUGAAAACCAUAUCCUAGCUAAUUGUAUUAGCCUAUAUAACUAGUGUUAUCUGUAUUUUAUUUCCUAGUUUUUUGAGGGUUGUCAAAUGAACUAGUAUUAAAAAAUAAUGUUAUCACAAAAUAAAUUAUAGUUGACUCUCAUUCUCUCUCACACACUACCAUACAGAUCACUGUCUUUUAUAAAAAGAUAGAGGAAAAAUGAUAGGACUUACUUUGUGCAGACUCAUGCUGGUUAUUAUAAAUGUUCUCAUGAGUGCUUACCAGUUAACUUUAUAUCUUUUAUCCUGGAAAUCUCUACUAUUAGAGUUAAACUUUUCGAUAUAAAAUUUCUAGGUGCUUUUCUAUAUACCAUUUAAAACUAUAGACUCUACAUUGUCCUCAUACAAUUUGUCAUGUUUUGUUCAGCAUUUUAAAAAAUUCUCAAAUAUAAGGGUAGUUGCCAGCUAAUACUUUCAGGCUCUGACAAUCAUCUGUAAUCUAAUAAUUCAUCAUUGUUAUUGUUUAAUGAGAGAAAAUAAGAAACACAUAAGAUAUGGCUUUUGGGGAAUCAUCUUUCCUUCCAAUAUGAUCUGAAGUUCCAUGUAUCUACUCUUAUUAUGAAGCUUUAUAAGAAAUGCUUUUCUCUUUUACUUUAUCUUUGAGAAUAACAUUUAAUUUUUAAGUUUUUUAUUAAGACAUGAUUUCUGUCUGAUCCAAAAUUGCCAUCCAAAAUAUUUAUCAAUUAAAAGACAAGCUACUAUUUUGUUCUAAAUCAUGAAAAGUGCCAUAGUUACAAUAUGUAUGACCCCUGUCUAAACAAAAUUCCUUGAGAAUUUGGCACUUUUAAAUGCAUCCGUCAGUGCUUCACCAUGCUCAUAUAGGAGGUAAGUACUUGGCAAAUGUCUAAUAAAUGAAUUCUGUAUAUGUUAAGAUAUUUGUCAUUAAAAAUAUUUUCUGUAAAGUUAAAAGCAAAUGUAUAGCCUGCUUUUUUAUUUGCUUGAUUUUUUCUUCUUAAAAAGUGUGUUUUCU